GGCUCGGUGGUGCCUAGCGCGACGGAGCAGAAUGAGACCCAGCUGAGCGCAGUAAGUCCUCCGGCUUCUACCUCGCGGUCGGGCACCGGGCUGCGGGCGGCUGCGGGGCGGACACCCUCGGGAGCAGCGGUCACUGUAGGAGGGGUGCAGAGCUGGGAAAGCUUUAAAAAAUCCCCUUGCAGCAGCAUUGAGAUAGAUAGAGCGCUGGCGGUGCCUCGGCACCCACGUGGCUGCCUCUCCUCGGACCAUUGAUAAAGGCCGGCUUCAGCGGGCGCAUUUCAAUGCCACGGAUGUUCCUUGCUCACAAUCUCUGGCGAGGAAAGCGCUGCCGCCUGUGCCAGGAACCGAGGGGGACCGCGCUGUGACCUGAAUGCACAAAACGGGCAAAAUUUCCACUGGGCCGUGGCUGAGUGAGGAUUUGAAGCCGGAGCAGCCGAGCUCACCGCGCUCGUCCCUGUGCUCUGUGUGGCACCCACAGAUGCAGCUCAGUGUGGGACAGCCCCAGCACAUCCGUGUGUUCCCUCUCGUUGGCAACGCAAGAAAGAGGGCUGGUGCUGCUCGUAUUGCAGAGGGAAAACAUAAAGCCAAGCCCUGUGUGGGACUGAAAGCAGGUAGCUCAGUGUAGACUGCGCUGCAGGUGCACAGCACCUGAUAUGGGAGGUGCUUUGGGCUGGUAAGAAAUGGCAGAAUGGGAGCUGCCAGAAGAGAAAGCAGGAGGUGGCAGAGGGGUUAGUGGCUCCCUGAGGCUGGCACACCAAAGAGCAUUUCUCUUCUCCAAGCUAAGCGUGCCAGCACAGCCUCAGUGCCAGCCCAGAUGUCGCUCCUUGAGGUGCAGCAGUAGCACUCCCAGAAGACACAGAGGAACCUGGGCAUGUUGUAAGGCACAGGGAACGCUCUGCAGCCCCAUAGGUUGUGCUCUCAGCACUCACCAUUCAGAAUGUGGUUCUGGAUGGGCUUUGGCACUGCAGUUCCAGGUUGUGGCUACCUCAGGGCACAACCCGCCUGCUGUGUAUGGCAGGGGAUGGGACUGCACCUGAAAACCGCCCACUGCCCAGCCUUCCCAUAAACACAACCCCAUCCUGGGCUGAGGCUGAGCUCAGCAGGGACACAGGACACUUUUCAGUGCUGCCCAGUGAAACCGCUUCAUUUCCAUCACUGGUGCACUUGCAACAUUGCCUCGAUGUGUAGGGACAGUGAGUGUGCUUUUGCUUAUCCAUUCCCACUCUGCUUUGUUCACACACCUGGACAUUAUGUACCUGGCCAUGCCAGCAAUACCCAGGAGCAGCUGCUUGCACUUCAGACAGUUCUUUAGGCACCAGGGAAGGUGAGGGUCAAAGCUGCCUUUUCUUGUAUCAACAAAUGGGUGAGGCCAGAGGGUGUUGUGAAAGCCACGCACAAGGCACAGGCGGAUGUCUCUGUGCUGUGUUGGGCGCUGGGCUCAGGGGAAGAACCUGUUGGGCUGCUCCUCUUCCCAGCAGCAGGUGAUAUCGCCUUUCCCUGCCCCACCUUUUCCAGCAUUUUGAGGUGGGAGCUUAUAAGUGUCAUCUUACAAGUGCAGCAGUAGCCAGAGGACCAGGCAUAACAGCAGAAGGAGGAGCAGGCACUCGAUGUCCUGGUGGUGACGGUGCUGUGGGGCCCAGGGGACAUCUCCUCAGCUCAGCAGGAUCUAUGCCCAGAGGAAGCACCCAUCCUGCACAAGGAGCCAUGGAGAGCACCAGCAGCACCCCAUCAUCGGUGACGCCCCAGUGGGAUGUGUUUCCCCAGAAGACAUUGGGUCCCAUAGACAUCACUAUCCUCGUGCUGUACUUUGUGUUUGUCCUGGCUGUUGGGCUGUGGUCCAUGUGGAAGACACAACGCAGCACGGUGAAAGGCUACUUUCUGGCUGGGGGACAGAUGGUGUGGUGGCCUGUUGGCGCAUCCCUGUUUGCCAGCAAUGUUGGAAGUGGGCACUUCAUUGGCCUGGCAGGGUCAGGAGCUGCAUCAGGAAUCGCUGCAACAGCCUAUGAGUGGAAUGGCAUGUUUUCUGUUUUGGUGCUGGCAUGGUUAUUCCUUCCCAUUUACAUAGCAGCAGGAGUGACCACCAUGCCGGAGUACCUGCAGAAACGCUUUGGUGGAAAAAGAAUCCAGAUAUUCCUGGCUAUUCUCUACUUGUUCAUCUAUAUCUUCACCAAAAUAUCAGUUGAUAUGUAUGCUGGGGCCCUCUUCAUUCAGCAAGCUUUGCACUGGGACCUCUACAUUGCUGUGGCGGGCCUGCUAGCAAUCACUGCUGUCUACACUGUAGCAGGCUUUGUUGAAGUUGGCGGUCUGGAAGGUUUGCAGGCAAAAUACUUUGAUGCCAUUCCCAGCACCCGCAAGGAGAACAGCAGCUGCGGCUUGCCAAGGGAAGACGCUUUCCACAUUUUCCGGGACCCUGUUAACUCCGACCUUCCCUGGCCAGGGGUGCUGGUGGGGAUGACCAUCCCGUCCCUGUGGUACUGGUGUACUGACCAGGUCAUCGUUCAGAGAUCCCUUGCUGCUAAAAACCUCUCACACGCCAAGGGGGGCUCCCUGAUGACCUCCUACCUGAAGAUCUUACCACUCUUCAUGAUGGUGAUGCCGGGCAUGAUCAGCCGGGUCCUCUUCCCAGACCUGGUGGCUUGUGCAGAACCGGAGAUCUGUCAAAAAAUCUGUGGCAACCCAUCCGGCUGUUCUGAUAUCGCUUACCCAAAGCUGGUGAUAGAGCUCCUGCCUGUAGGACUCAGAGGCCUGAUGAUGGCCGUGAUGAUAGCAGCCCUCAUGUCCUCCCUCACGUCCAUCUUUAACAGUGCCAGCACCAUUUUUACCAUGGACCUCUGGAAACACUUCCGGCCUCGAUGCUCCGAGUGGGAGCUCAUGAUCGUUGGCAGGGUCUUUGUGCUGCUACUUACGGUGGUCUCUAUCCUGUGGAUCCCACUGGUCCAGGCUGGCCAGGGUGGACAACUCUUCAUUUACAUCCAAUCCAUCAGCUCCUACCUGCAGCCCCCUGUGGCAAUGGUGUUCAUACUGGGCUGCUUCUGGAAGCGAGCAAAUGAGAAGGGCGCGUUCUGGGGCCUGGUGCUCGGGCUGCUGAUGGGCGUCAUCCGGAUGGUGCUGGACUUCAUCUUCCCUGAGCCCCAGUGCGGGGAGCGGGACACGCGGCCGGGCGUGCUGCGCUACAUGCACUACCUCUACUUCUCCAUGGUCCUGGCGGCCGCCUCCACGCUCACCGUGCUGCUCGUCAGCCUGCUGACGGAACCCCCCUCAGAGGAAAUGGUGCGUCCAUCCCUCACAUUUCUUCCCUUAUUGGUAAAUGGAUGCCCCACGUUACAUCCAUGGGAAUGAGGCGGAGAUAAAUAAUCUGGAAAUGGGCAUUUCCACCCAUUCUUAGUCUAUGAAAACACUUGCAGCAAUCUGUAACAGCAAUCCCUCCUUUGCUCCAGCACCCUGCUGCUUUCCUUUUCAGGUUUUGGUCCCAUACAUCCAGAGUUCCACCCUGGAAACCGGUCAACAGUUGAUGUUACAAAGAGCUGUUCUUAAGUUCAAACAUGUGUGUUUAAUGCAUAACAAACUAGCUUUUUCCCUCUAUUUUCCAAGAAAUUCCAGCUUCUGGGUCAUCUUUAUGAACUCUUACUAAUUUAGUGAGGAACCAUUUUUACUCGCAGAAAAGAGAAAUCAAGGGCAGAGAGCACACUUCCUCUGGAACAGGUUUGUGCCAGUUUGACUACUUUUAAUAGACAUACCGAGGCUACAAAAAAACGUAAAUAGCAGAAAGGAGGGCCUGAAGGGACCUUCAGAAAUCAUACAGCCAAUGCAUCUCUUGCUUCGAGACAGGACUAACCUGGCAUUGCUGAAAGACCCGUGGUGAACUCACCCCCAUAAACCCCCAGAGGGAGGUGCACCGCCAGGUCGAGAUCCUGCCCCUCUUGGCAGAAGUUUUUCCUCUUCUCCAACUUGAAUCUUUCCAGCUUCGUGUUGUGCUCAUCCCUUCCUGUCUGCCCUGUCACUGGUAUCGAGAACACUCCUCUUUAAUGAGCCUUUGACGUAUUUGAUGAAAAUGAUCCUAUCUCCCAUCUCUCUUUUCUUCUCUAAACAUCCCCCGUUCUGUGAGUCAUUCCUCACUGGCCACAGUUCCCAUUCUUUUGCUCCCUUCCCUGGCCCACUCAGGCUGCAUCCAGUGAUAGCCACAGAGUAACCAAAAGCGAAGACCUCCAUCCUUCCAAGAGCUCUCGGGCUGCAGAUAAAACUAAUCCACCGCCGCUCUGCCACCAGCAGCGGAGCACUGAGCCGUUCACCUGCUCCAGCAGAGCGGGAGAACAGACUUCGACCCCUCACAGUGUUCUCUCUGCAGGCUGCUGUACUGCUCAGGCAGUCCUUUAAGCGACCGCAAAGCAGUUUAACACCACUCUUCAUGCCAUCAGAUAAGUCGGCUUACCUGGUUCACACGUGGGGAUCCUCCAGCCAAGAAAGACCUAUCGGUCAGCACUUCUCCUGACACUGCCAAAGGAGCGCGCGAAGCUGAGCGUCCAGCUCUCCAGAUUGAUAUAAGCAUUGCUUCUGAAAAUAGUACAAAUGAUAACAAAUGUAAGUGCCCCAACACCGUACUCAGUAACACCUACAAUUAACAACUCUAGGCGUUAUGUAAAGGCUCUGAAGACAAGAACAGUUAAAACUGCUUCCUCUGGAUUUCUGUAUCUUCAGGGCAUGCUAAAGGGUUUUUACCUGACAGUUUCACCUAAGCUAAAGCUUAGUUUCUUUUCCAUCUCUUGAUGGCAUUACAUAUGCUUGAAAUCAAGAAGGAGCUGGAUGGGAUACAGAAAGCCAUGCCACUGUCCUGCAUAGAGCCUAGCGCUGCCUGCACCUGCUGCAAGGAGAAGUGAUUGAAAGGGGAGGGUGGAGGAAAAACACAAUUACUUUCAUGAAAUUCCAUUUCUGUUUUUCAGUGAUGUUUUCUGAUGGACUCUAGCAGCAGGGAGAACCCAGAGCCCUGGGCGGAGCUCUUGACAGAUCAGUGAAGGAGGAUUUACAUUUUUUAAAACUUGUACUUGUCGGUAUUAGGUACAAACAUGCAUAGCAACUCAUUCUGCAUUUUCCAGCAAUGAUUACCAUCACUUGUUUUUGCCAGGCUUGGGACUCUGUUUAUGCAACUGUGCAGCUGUGUAUUCCUCUGAUCUAUAAAAAGCUAAGGAAAAGAUCAGUAAGGUAACGAGGAAGUGAAGCACAGAUCUCCCAGUGCUGAGAAGUCUUAUUCUUGUUGCAAACUGGCACUUUGUCCCACAUGGCCCAACCCACCCCAAAGCUGGGAGAAUUCGUUUCCCGCACAUGUAAUGUGGAGUAGCCCUAAGUGGACACAGUAUGCACGUGGCAAAGGAAGCUGAUGGGCUCCAAGUACUUAGAGAUGGGCUUUUAGGUUUGGUACUGUUACUGCUUCCUAAAAUGUUGGGAAGAGCAGAGCUUGAGCUCAGACCUCUAAGGUAGAAAGAAACAGACCCUACAGCCCCAAAUAGAUGUUAUUUGCAGGGUUUCCCACACCUCAGUGUAGCUAGCAUACUCGUUUAAAGAGCGAGGAUGCACUUCUGCAUCAAAACCCUUUGUGCAGGGCUAUACUGACAUAUACCUGGGAUUUGCUGUUGGUGACACUUACACCUUGCUCUGUGCUGGCUCUGUAGGUCCGACUGGCACCAAAAAGGACUCGAAGCUGGUGAGGACCCUCCUGUGGCUCUGUGGGAUGGAACGCAGACAGGAGAACCCUGAGGAUGUGGCGCCAGCUAAACCCGAGCGUCCCAUGGCUUCCCUGGAGGAGAACCCGCUGGUGAAACACAUCCUGAACAUCAACUUGAUACUGAGCAUAUGCGCAGGGGUCUUCCUCUGGGCCUACUUCGCAUAGCAGUCCGCCGCUUGAUCCCAGAUGACAUCAACUAAUGUUAACUGGUGUAAAUAAUAAUAAUUAGCAGAGGGUUAAUGUAA